AUGGCAACUCUCCACUUCACAACCUCUCCUUCAUUCACUUUCACAUCAUCUAAAAAACAAUCCUCCUUUCUUCCUCCAGUGCAGCUAAACCAGCAUGUACAGCCACGCCUUCGCCGCGGCUACCGGAGCAUUACUACCAUCAAGUCUUACAAGGUGACAAUUGAGCAUGAGGGCAAGACUACUGAGCUUCAAGUUGAGCCUGAUGAGACAAUAUUAACAAAGGCAUUGGAUGAAGGCAUGACGGUACCAUAUGAUUGCAACCUUGGAGUUUGCAUGACCUGUCCUGCUCAACUUAUCAGCGGAAAAGUUGAUCAAAGUGAAGGAAUGCUUAGUGAUGAUGUUGUCGAAAGGGGAUUUGCUUUGCUGUGCGCAGCGUAUCCUCGCUCUGAUUGUCAUAUUAAGACUAUACCCGAGGAAGAGCUGCUGGCAAUGCAGUUAGCUACUGCAAAUGACUGAGUUUGUGGUGCUUGGUGUCUGAUUAAUAGUUUCUGAAUUUGUAGAUCAAUGUGGUGGAGUAUAAUAAUGUGAACUUGUUUUGAGAAUUUGAAGGGAAGAUAUGAAUACUGCUUAAUGCUCUUUUGCC